AUGGAAAUUCUAACACUAAGCUCCUCCUCCACCACCACCACCCCACUAUUUGCACGGUUGCCACCGGCUGCAUCUGCCACUUCCCCAAAGGGACGAAUUAUUGCAGCUGCCAUCGCGGCUAAGGUGCCGCCAUCCUAUCAAAUUACCCACUCAAUGGCACCCGAGAAAGUAGAAGUGUUCAAGUCACUAGAACCAUGGGCAACUAGAACUUUGCUCCCUCUCCUUAAACCAGUCGAGAAAUGUUGGCAACCUUCUGAUUUCCUUCCUGAUCCAUCAUUGCCCAAUGAUGAAUUUACGGACAAAGUUUUGUCUCUGCGAAAGUCUUCCAAUGGACUACCCAAUGAGUACUUUGUUGUGCUAGUUGGAGAUAUGGUUACUGAGGAAGCCAUACCUACAUAUGAAAGUAUGAUAAAUUUGUGGGAUGGGAUUAAGGAUGACACCGGCGCUAGCCAAAGCCCGUGGGCUACUUGGACUCGGGGAUGGACUGCCGAGGAGAAUAGGCACGGCGAUUUGCUUCGAAGUUAUCUCUAUCUUUCAGGCCGGGUCGAUAUGCUGAGCAUUGAGAAAACUGUGCAGUAUUUGAUUGGUGCUGGAAUGAAUAUUGGUGUCGAAAAUAACCCUUACUUAGGAUAUGUGUACGUUUCAUUUCAAGAGCGCGCUACAUUUAUAUCUCAUGGAAACACGGCGAGGCUUGCCAAGGAGCAUGGAGAUCCAAUUCUUGCAAACAUAUGUGGUACAAUCGCAGCCGAUGAAAAGCGCCAUGAAAGUGCAUACAUAAAAUUGGUAGAUAAGCUAUUGGAGAUUGACCCAAAUGCAACCAUGGUAGCAAUCGGUAACAUGAUGAGGAAGGGAAUCACAAUGCCGGCUCAUUUAAUGUACGAUGGGCAAGACCCAAACCUUUAUAAUCAUUUCUCAAUGGUGGCAGCUCGAAUCGGUGUUUAUACACCUAAAGAUUAUGUGGAAAUUUUGGAGUUCUUGGUCACGCGGUGGAACCUUGAGAAGAUUCAGGGAUUAGAAAGUGAUGGGAGAUGCGAGCAAGAUUUUGUGUGCCGUCUAGUGCUUAAAUUGCGAAAGUUGAUAGAGUGGGAAGGCAAUCGGGCGAAGAAGGAAAGCUCAAAGACGAAGUUUAGUUGGAUUUUCAACAAAGAAAUUAUUAUGUAGCUUCAUAUAUUGUUUGCUUCUAUUUCCAUCACUGCUUCAUCUACCUUUAGAUUGACUAUAGUGAGGUGCCAGGAAUAAAUUCAUGUAAUAAUCACUACUAUAUCGAUAUAUACAUAUAUAUUCAAUGCAUC